UUCCACUCCCCCAUUUCUCUCUCGUCUCCAUCCUCUCUGAACAAUCCACCCCCACGCCGCGCGCGGCGCGCCCCAAAUCCGCCGCCAUGGGGACGGAGGUCGUGGACAUGCGGGCGCUGUCCCAGUCGGAUCUCCUGGCGCUGGCGGCGGCGGCGUCGGCUUCGCCCCGCGCCGCCGACCCCCGCCGCGGCCGCGACGCCGACGUCCUCCCGCCCCCGAAGAUCGAUCGCACCGUCUUCAAUGAGAGCGCCGGCUCCCGUAAGCAGACCUUCUCCCGCCACCGCGUCGCCACUAACGUCUCCCACAGCCUGACACCCGCCACCGCGUCCUCCUCCACCGCCGCCGCCGCCGCCCCCACCGAGGAGGACUCGGAGAACCGCCUCAUCGUGUUCCAUCUACAGCGCCUCUUCGCGGGAGAGGAACCCUCCUUCCAUUCCACGCCCCAGAUUACACCCCGACCCCAACCGCAAACCCUAACCCCGCCCGCGAUUGCCGCGCCCGUGACCCCCGCGCCCUCCCUGCCGACGCUGACUCCCUCGAAUGCCGACCUCGAGGUGAUGAAUCCGAAGGGGGUGGCAGUCGAUCUGGCGAGGCUCGCGGAGCUAGUGGAUCCCUACGGGGAGGAGAUGCAGAGGCGGACUGCAGGAUUGGGGGCAGAAUCUGAAUUGUUAGGUUUUAUGAAUGGACUGGAGGGUCAGUGGGGGAGCCGACGGCGGCGGAGGAAGUUUGUGGAUGCCUCUAUGUUUGGUGACCACCUGCCCCGUGGGUGGAAGCUGCUACUUGGCCUCAAGCGCAAGGAGCGUGUCGCUUGGAUCAAUUGCCGGCGUUAUGUUAGCCCCAGCGGACAGCAGUUUGCUAGUUGCAAAGAAAUUUCUUCCUAUCUCAUAUCUCUUCUUGGAUAUGUGGAGGCAAAGCCAACUGCCAUUCAGAACAGCAAUGCAGGAGUGCAUGAAUUACACACUGUUAAUUCUGUAGGCCACUGCCAACCUAAUUCAACUGAGGAAAAGCAUAGUGCACCUCCAGUUACAUCUGUGCCUGUCUCCAGUCACUAUGGUGAUCCUCAGAGACAACAUGAUAAGAAUGAAACUCAGGUGGAAACAAAUGGAAAAGAGUGCCAAAAAUGCAAUUUGAUUUUUCAGGACCAAAGUGCCUAUGUGCAACAUCAGUUGUCCUUUCACCAAAGGAAGGCUAAAAGGCGCAAGGUUAACAAAUCUGGUGAGGUGGGAGUCAACAAAAAUGGAACAUUUGUGACUCAAGAACUUCAGCAGACCUCUGAAGAUAAACUGGGCCAUAUUGACCAUAAUGUAGCUGCUUCAAGAAAUCAAGGUCAAACUCCAGAAAAAGUGUCUGAUGAGACUAUUUCAGGAGAGUUAGGUGGUCAACCAUCCAUGGCUCCAGAGCCAGUUGGUUUUCGAGAGACGGAUGGCGAAACUGAACAGGGAAAAGAAUCUUCUGCUGGGGAACUUCUAUCUGGACAUUGUAAUGAUUCUCUUCACAAUAUGGCUGAUGUUGCUGAGCAGGAAAAAAGAUCUGCUAGAGAACCUGUCACUGGGCAUCAUGAGAACCUGAGUGACAAUUGUGUUGACCAUAAAAUCCAUGAUGGAGCAUGUCAUAAUGCUGAAGAGCCUCAUGCUGUUGAAGCUGCAAGCAAAUUUAGUACUGGUAGCCCGGCAAACUUUCACGAGAUUGACAGCUCAAAGGAUAUAGUACUUUCCAGCGCAGAUUGCACCCAGAAUAUCAGCAAGACUGACAAAACAUGUAACUUACUUGAAGAAGCUCCUAAUGCCACAAGCACUCAAAGUGAAAGCAAGUGCACUGAUGAUCCCAUGGGGUGUACUGAUAUAAAACCAUCCAAAAAAAUUUCUGAGCCAUGUGACCUACUGGAUGACAAAUUUAGUGGUUUUCCUGAAGGAUCUAAUUUUAGUGGUCAGGAGGAAAAUAACCCACUUUCUGCCACCUUGAAUGAGCCUGUUCUUAAUUCGAUUAAUAUGAAGGUAGACAAUGGCAAUGUAGAAUGUAAGUAUGGUAAUGCAGAUGGUUCUACUAGCCCUGAAGAUGGGAAACAUAUUGAGAAUCAGAUUGUUGAUUGCAGAAUUACUGCUCUGAAAGAUCAUGAGAUUAAUACUGAUGGCAGGAUAAGAGAUGUCAACCUCAAUUCAUGUUUAGAUACAAUAUCUUCUCCUGUUUCUGGUGCAAAUUAUGAAACAUCUAAUGCCCUGGAGGACAAAAAUAGAUCAUCAAUUAUUGCCCAAUGCUUUGGUGCUAGCUCUGCUCAUGACAAUGCUUGUAAGGAGGAAACUUUUGUCAACAACCAGAACAGUGCAUCCAAGGCUGAAAGCUUUGUCAACCAGAACAAUGACAUGAUGUAUCAACCUAAUUUGACCUUGGAUACUAUCUCCCCUGCUCAAUUGGAUUGUUUUACUUCUUCAUGUUCAAUGACAUCUGAAAUUAAGAACAAUAGCAACAGAUGUGAAGAUAAUGCCAAAGAACAGUUGGUGAAUCCACGGAACAUAACGAGCAAUGAGGCAGGUUUUGAUGUUGAAGCUUACAGCAAUAUCUUCAAUGGCGCUAUCACAGAGAGUAGUCUUGCCCAGCUGAAUAGUGCAAUACACAUGAAAACUGAUUAUUCAAGCUGCUAUUCAUUAUCUGAUCUGAACACACUGACUGGUGGUUCUGCAACUGAUGAAAUUGAUAUGCACAGUAUGAGGAAUACUUUUGUUAAUAGCUCCACCAGUCGAAAUGAACCAAAUGAACAUUGCACACUGGAUUUCGAUAUCAAGGGUUCCAUGCUUGAGGCACUGGAAAAAUCUGACAGCGACCUGGAAAAUCAAUACAAUGGCAGCGCUCGUCCUUGUGGCUCGCUCCCUGCAGCUGGCACAAGCGGGAGUAUAGAUGAUUUUAUGUCCAUGCAAACCAAUUUCGGUAGCCUGACCUCUUUGGUUCGUUCUGUUGAAGAUGGUCCAAUGAGUAGAAUUAUUCAAGAUCAGUGUGAUUUGCAGCUUGGAUUUGGUGUUCAGAAACCACAGAUGUAUCCUACCUUUGAGGAGCAGCUGAGGAUGGCCUCAGCUGGAGCUCCACAAUUUGGGACUAUGAGCAGGCAUAAUCAUGUUCCUGUACCCGAACCAACACUGAUGUUAGGUUAUGCGCCGCACAUUGGUAGCUGCCCUCCUGUCCAGAUAGGAUGGGACAUGUCCAUGUCAAAGAUGGUUGGCGGGUGUGUGCUCCAGUCGUCCGUCUGUGUAUGGUGCAACACUCAGUUCCAGCAUUUUGGCACCGUCGCCGAUCAGCAAGCUGAUUCUCUUGGCUUCAUCUGUCCAGCGUGCAAGGAGAAAAUCUCCGGUCAUCUUAGCAUGCUCAACAACAGUUCAUCACAGCUUUAGCAUUCGGUUUGGAUUGCUGUUUUGAUCUUACAGCCCGAUCUGAUACUGAAAGCGAUGAACCGUUGUUCUCCCGUUUAUCCUGAACAACUAACUUGUCUUGUCCACCUCUAGGUUCAGUUACCCUGUCCCCAAAUGGCACGGGUUAUCUAUGUAGGAAUGGUUACAUAUGUAUCCGUUUAACUUUUGUGCAACGAAUGAACGCUUCCAGAAAUAACACUUUUAACACCACAGGCCUAUAACAUGUUAAAUAAUGGUUAUCGUACUGUUGGUUCUCGUAUCGAGCAAUUUAUGUGCACUAAAGUGU